AUGCGUCCUUCAUUCGCCCUUUUCACCGUUGGCCUGGCUGCCGUCCAGGUUUCCGCUGCUAUGCCCCCUGCUUGCCUGUUGGCCGCUCUCGGUGUUCAGGACAACCCGUCCGACUUGAAGUCCGUCUGCGGUACCCUCCAGGAUGCUAUCCAGGGCAACUUGACCGAUCACUGCCACACUGAUACCCUCCCCAAGGCCUACCAGGUUUACUCCUCCAAGUGCUUGGAUCAGGGUGUUACCGUUGCUGCCCUUCCCACCUCUACCUCUUCUGGCCACUCCAGCAGCGGUACUGCUUCUGCCUCUAGCCCUGCCUCUGCUUCCGCUACUCCUACUGACGGCGCCACUGGUACCACCGGCGAUGCUAGCACUACUAGUGGAUCUGGCAGCUCCGCGACCCCUACUGGUAACGCUGGUAUGGCCACUGAGCCCCAGCCCUUCCUCUACGCCGCCGCGGCGCUCUUCGCUACUGGCUUGACCAGCGUUCUCUUCUUGUAA